UCUGGCUCCAUUUGGCCGACGGGCAAAAGCAGGCGAAUAGGAUUUCAGGUCCCUCGUUCUGUCCCUCCAGUCUACCCUCCUCAUCAAGCUGAGUUUGCUGCCUGUUCGAAAGCUAUUGAAAAGCCAUUAACCGGCAGGACUCUGAACGCCGCACUGCAGCUUAGCUGUAUACCUCAGCCCUGGAAAAACGAGAUCCCAAGUGCACGCCGAUUAAACCUUCUUUUUCCCGGACUCGAGGGAAUCGGGAAGCCACGAUAGCACGUGCAGCAGCCGCGGUUCUGGGACCGUCGCUCUCCACACCGGCGGCUGAAUGGCAGUGUGUCCUUAGCUCCGGCAAGAUCCUGGGAAUGGGAGAUUCAUUAAAUAAUGCAGCCUGAGGUAAACCGGAUACCUGAGCAGGAGCACUAAAUAAUACAUUUUCCGGGGCCGGCUGUCAGAGCGGGAGAGAAUGCUCAAACCUGUGGCGAGCCUGUUGCCGGAGAUGGAAAAAUGUCUCACUAUCAUUUUAUCAAAUGCUGCUGCUUCCAGCUCUGUAAUGUUUUCCGAUCCCAUGACAUGGAAAUCGACCAGUACCUCCUGGAGUCCCUGCCCUUGGGCCAACGCCAGCGGCUGGUGAAGAGAAUUCGCUGUGACCAGAUCAAGGCCUACUACGAACGGGAAAAGGCUUUUCGGAAACAAGAGGGAGGCCUGAAGAGGCUGAAACGGGCCAAGAAGCACAGAGUUCACUUUACGCUCUCAGAUAUGAUUCAGGAUGCAAUCAUCCAUCACAACGACAAGGAAGUGCUCCAGCUAUUGAAGAAUGGUGCUGACCCUUCUACUCCUAUUUCUUCAGGAGGAUCCUUACUCCAUCUGUGUGCCCGCUAUGAUAACGUCUUCACCGCAGAAAUUCUAAUUGACAAAGGAGUAAAUGUAAAUCAUCAAGACGAGGAUUUUUGGACUCCUAUUCACAUUGCCUGUGCUUGUGAUAAUCCUGACAUCGUUCUCCUGCUGUUAUUAUCUGGAGCCAACGUCCUACUGCAGGACGUUAACGGAAAUAUACCAUUAGAUUAUGCCAUGGAGGGGACAGAAUCCAGCUAUAUCCUCUUAGCCUACCUGGAUGACAACGGGGUGGACUUAACUGCACUGCGUCAGAUGAAGCUCCAGAGAUCAAUAACCAUGUUAACAGAUGUCAGGCAACUCUUAACAUCUGGAGGAAGUGUGAAUGAGAAAAACAACGAGGGCGUUACCCUCUUACACAUGGCCUGUGCAAGUGGAUAUAAGGAGGUGGUCACUUUGAUUCUGGAGCACGGAGCAGAUCUCAAUGUAAUGGACAGCCAGUACUGGACUCCACUCCACGUGGCUUCUAAAUACGGCCAGACGCACCUUGUGAAACUUCUCCUGAUGCAUCAGGCAAACCCAAAUCUUCUCAACUGUAAUGAAGAAAAGCCUUCAGAUAUCGCAGCAUCAGACUAUAUUGAAGAAAUCCUCCUGAAAGGUGAAAUUGUGUGGGAGGAAAGGAGAAAGGAACCUUCAUCUGUUUCCGCUUUAGUUCAAGAAGAGCCGUACGAAGAGAUAUUACAUGAACCCCAUGCACCAACCAAUAAACUCAGUCCCAUGGCUUUACCAAUUGCCAAGAAAGAUAGUUUGCUGGAGAAAGACACCAUGUUCAAAGAUUCAGCCAAAGGUUUUUGCAAGCAACAAUCUCAAGACAGCCCCUUCAAGCAUGACAUCACCAAUGACACAAGCAAAACUGAACAGGUCAAGUUGACACCUCCAGCUCCUAAUGAUGACCUGGCAACACUGAAUGAGUUAAAUGAUGGCAGCCUGCUAUAUGAAAUCCAGAAGCGUUAUGGCAACAAUCAGAUAUACACUUACAUCGGGGAUAUACUGUUGCUUGUUAAUCCAUUUAAAGAACUUCCAAUUUAUUCUGCUAUGGUCUCACAGCUCUACACGAACAACACAGGAAAAUUUUGUCCAUCCUUGCCACCACAUAUUUUCUCCUGUGCUGAGAAGGCAUAUCACAGGCUUUUCCAGGAACAGCGACCUCAAUCCUUUAUCCUCAGUGGAGAGAGCGGUUCUGGGAAGUCAGAAGCUAGCAAACAAAUCGUGAGGCACCUGACAAGCAGAUCCAGUUCCAGCCAGUGCACUUUUGAAUCCAAAGUAAAAAAUGUCAACUGUAUCUUGGAAGCGUUUGGGCAUGCUAAGACGACCCUUAACGAACUCGCUAGCUGUUUUAUAAAAUACUUUGAACUGCAGUUUUGUGAGAAGAAAAGGUAUUUAACAGGAGCCAGAAUUUAUAUCUACAUGCUGGAGAAGUCCAGGCUGAUUUCACAACCUCCAAGCCAGAGCAAUUUUCUUGUUUUCUACUUGUUGAUGGAUGGACUGUCUGCUGAAGAAAAAUACAUCCUCCACCUUAAUAAUUUAUCUUCACACAGGUAUCUGAACCAGAACAUACUGGAGGACCCGUCAUUAAUCGUGAAUACCUUAAACAGAGAUAAAUUAUCUUCCCUAAAACUAGCUCUGACUGCAGUUGGAUUCAGUGAUUUGGACGUGGAGAACCUGUUUGUGAUUCUCUCAGCGAUUCUGCACAUUGGAGACAUUCGGUUUACCGCCCUGACGGACGCUGACACAGCAUAUGUGUCUGACCUCCAGCUGCUGGAACAAGUAGCCGAAUUGCUGCAGGUAUCACCGGAUGAAUUGAUGUCGGCCCUAACCACUGAUAUCCAGUAUUUCAAAGGAGAUACAAUCAUGAGGCGUUACACCAUAGAGAUGGCUGAAUUUUACCGAGAUCUUUUGACCAAGACACUGUACAGUCGCUUGUUUAGCUUUCUGGUGAACACCAUGAACUAUUACCUCCACAGUUCAGACGAGCAGAGCAGUGAACAAACACUGGAGAUCGGAAUUUUGGACAUCUUUGGCUUUGAAGAAUUUCAGAAGAAUACAUUUGAACAACUCUGUGUUAACAUGACCAAUGAGAAGAUACAUCAGUAUAUCAAUGAAGUGCUUUUUCUACAAGAACAAACAGAAUGUGUACAAGAGGGGGUUACCAUGGAAACAACAUAUUCUCCUAGUAACCAGACAGCGGCUUUGGAUUUUUUCUUCCAGAAACCAUCAGGUUUUCUCUCUGUUUUGGACGAAGAAAGCCAAAUGAUUUGGACUGCAGAAUCCAGCCUUCCAAAACGUCUCCAGUCCCUGGUGGAAACCUGCAACAGUAAUGUUGUGUAUCCUGCCAGAAGAGAUGGGAAUGGAAAUAUUGCUCUAAAGGAGCAGGGCUUUACUUUCACAAUCUUGCACUACGCGGGAAGGGUGACUUAUGAAACUUUUGGAGCAAUUGAAAAAAAUAAAGAUUGCCUUUCACAAAAUCUCCUCUUCGUAAUGAAAACUAGUGAAAACAUCGUGAUCAACCAGUUGUUCCAGUCCAAACUGACCCAAACCGGAUCCCUGGUCCCUCACUAUCCUUCUUUUAAGGUUCGAGGUCCCAAGCCCACCCUGCUCAUUAAGAAAAUGCCUGCUGCCUCGACAAUUGGAGAGACCAAGAAAUACCUGGAGUUUAGCAAGUUGUUGAAAAAGAAAGGCGCAUCCUCAUUUCUUCAGAGAUUAGACCGCAAGACACCAAACACUGUGGCAACCCAGUUCAGGAAAUCCCUAACGGAAAUUAUUGGGAAGCUCCAGAAUUGCACUCCUCAUUUUAUUCAUUGCAUCAAACCCAAUAACUCCAAGCUGCCAGAUACCUUUGAUAAUUUUUACGUGUCUGCUCAGCUACAGUAUAUCGGGGUCUUGGAGAUGGUGAAAAUCAUUCGGUAUGGAUACCCUGUACGUCUCUUCUUCACUGAUUUCUUGUCAAGGUACAAACUCCUGACGGACGUAUUCCUGGGAGAGAGAAAGAAACUGUCUGCAGCGGAGAAAUGCCGUCUGGUUCUUCAGCAGUGUAAAUUACAAGGCUGGCAGACAGGCAUCCGCAAAGUGUUUCUCAAAUACCGGCACGUUGACCAUCUCGUUGACGUGGGCCUUCAGCUGCAGAGGAAAAUUAUAACCUGUCAAAAAGUUGCAAGGGGCUUUCUGGCCCGCCAGCAUCUUCGCCGAAAGAUGAGCCUCAGAGAGCAGGAGGCAGAUCCCAUCGCCAGUUUCGUCAGCCAGCACACAGAGAGUCCGGGCAGGAAAGCCUCAGGCGCGUCCAACAUCGCCCAUGAAGGUGACCGGCUCCAUGGUGACGUGAACUCCUACCCCAAGGAGAGGCUCGAUGCCCGACACAGACGGGAAGAAGAUGCUAAAAGGGCGGAAGGCAAGGGUGGCAAGGCCUCUGAAGAUCACACCAUCGGGUCUCGGGACCCGAGGCACUAUCAUUCCAGUUCGGUCCCGGUCCCCAUGUCGGUGGACAGUCCCGUCCAGUCUCUACCUGGCUCGUCCGGCAGGUCUCCGUCCCUGCACUCCGUGUUCAGUGUGGACGAGAGCAGCGGCCUGCCGUCGCCACGGAAACAGCCUCCUCCCAAACCGAAGAGAGACCCCAGCACCCGCCUAAGCGCUUCCUACGAGGCCGUGUGCGCCUGCUUAUCGGCAGCUGCUAAGGAAACAGCAAGAGAAGUUUUGACACGACCCAGGCCACACAGCGACGACUACAGCACCAUCAAAAAGAUCCCGCCACGAAAGCCGAAGAGGAGCCCCAACACAAAGCUCAGCGGCUCCUCGGAGGAGAUUUCCGUCCCCAAGCCGGGAGAGGCGAAACCGCCGAGCGCUCACCCGAGAGCGGGUCAGUGGGAUCCCGGGGUGGUGAACAAGACCCCGUCAGUGGACGGACCCCCUCAGCCCGCGCUCGUCUUGUCCGUGUCCCAGGAGGAAGAGGACGACACUGAGCCGGUCUACAUCGAGAUGGCGGGGAAUGCAGUGAAGCAUGAGCCCGGCGACGGAGUCUGUCCGGACCAGGUUGAGUCCGUUUAUGAAGAGAUGAAAUACUUUCUGCCCGAGGAAGGUGAAGGCGGCUUAGGAAUGAUUUCAACUGUCCCUGCUUCUCCCCCAUUGUUUCUGGAGAACAGGAAAACCAUAAACCUGGAGGGUUUUGACUCAGGAGGCCAAAGAACAGGGAGCUAUAAAGACACCUGUGUCAUCCCCCCACCUUUUCCAAAUCUGCUUCCUCACAGACCACCGCUGCUCGUGUUCCCCCCGACACCUGUGACCUGCUCUCCGGCGUCGGACGAGUCGCCCCUCACACCGCUAGAGGUCAAAAAGCUCCCCGUCCUGGAGACGAACCUCAAAUACCCUGUCCAGACCAAAGGCUCGAGCCCCGUGUCUCCACAGUACUCCAAAACCCAGCGAGGAGACAGCGACAGGCCAGCGUCCCCAGGUCUGAGCGUCUUCAGUGUCUCGAGCAAAGUGUCCCCUCCUCCAACACCUCCUGCUCCCCCACUGCCUCCGGUUCCUUACCGGCCUGCCACCCACUUUGCCUUUCCCCCAGAAGCCCCAGCGCACACAGGGAAAGUGUCUACGGACUCAGUUGAAGCUAAAGGACCUCAGCGAUCCAAUCCUAGUCAAACAACGGGCUCAUCUGGCCCGCUCCCCAAGCCGCCUUAUUCCCCUGGGAAGGUGGCCCGAGCUGACCCCAGGAAGACCAAUUCCAAUUCGUCCCUGCCACUGCCCUAUAGCCCUCCUAAUGGGAGACCUUUGUCCAGCCCCCUUGACGAAUUGGCCAGUCUGUUCAACUCAGGGAGGAGCGUCCUUCGAAAGUCAGCUGCGGGACGGAAAAUCAGGGAACCCGAAGGUUUUGAAACCAACAUGAACUUUAGUAGCAGGGAUGACCUCGGUACUUUGGAAAGUGGGUCAGAAAUCCAAGAUAAAAAUGCAAACAACCACGGAAUUCAGUUCUCUAAUUCUCUGCCCUGUCCUGCCACUGCAGAAAAUGGAAAUUCCAUCUCCAAUGGUGUUCCAGAGGAAGAUGCAUAUUCAAGAUUGGCGAAGAGCAAUACAGCAAGCUCAUCUAUUCAGAGACACGCAGGGAAGCACCCCAGCCAGGUCAUCCACCAGCUGAGGCUCUCAGAGAAUGAGAGCGUCGCCUUGCAGGAACUUCUAGAUUGGAGACGGAAGCUAUGCGAGGAAAGCGGGGAUUGGCAGCACAUCCUCCCCCGCCCCGCCCCGCCCCCUCCCCCGUGCAAAAAGCCAGCACUGCUGAAGAAAGAAGAAGACCCCUCCUGCCACCGGCUGCCUUCCGGGUUAUGGGACACGACGAUAUGAGGAGACCCCGUCCGCCGACUUUAGAGAGCCCAGCACCCCGGGACCGUGACCAGGUGGAGAGCUGGCCAAGUUGCCCCUCUGGACCUUGCUGGUAUCUCCGUCCCAAACCUUCCCGCUCAAAAGCACAGGAGAAAAAUGAAGUUCAGUAGAGUCACUCAG